CAUCUCACCGGACACCUGCCUCGGUCAGCACCGCGGACAGCGAGCGACCCUGCCUGCCCUCUGUCGACUCCCAACGGCGCCGUCACCUCCCGAUCACGCUGAUAAAGCAGCGCAUGUUCGUUUUCUAAUGACUAGCAGGCUAAUAGAACAUAACCUGCUAUCAUGUUACUGCGGCACUGACAGCAAAACGGUGGAAGGCAGGGUGCGGGCUUUCCGCUAGACGCCCCCUCCGUCUAUUUCUUCUCAUUUCUCGCGUGUCCUUCAUUUGGGUUACACUGAUCAACAUGUUCCCUUCGACCCGUCUCGGGGCUUUUCUUCGGCUGGAGCGGAUCUAAAUGGUGACAGAUGUUAUGCGCGUCUGACAAGCAGCUCAUCUUGCUUGAGGGACUCUGCAGAGCAAGGUGGUGAAAUCUCUUCCUCUUCCUUCUCCACGCCCUAUCAUUUUCAACAGCCGAGUUGCCCAGCACCAUGUCCCCUCCAGCAUCGGCUGCAACGGCGAGCGAAAGCAGUACGACCACCGUUUUUGAGGAGGACACCAGAGAGGAGCAGAGACCCCUGAAGCAAUCUCUGAGCAAAUCACUCUGUCGGGAGAGUUUUUGGAAAUGCCUGCUCCUGUCCAUUCUCAUGUAUGGUUGCAUGGGAGCCAUGGUUUGGUGUCAUGUCACCAAGGUGACUCGCCUCACCUUUGACAGUGCCUUCAAAGGGAAAUCCAUGAUGUACCAUGACAGUCCCUGCUCUGAUGGUUAUAUCUACAUCCCUCUGGCCCUACUGGGCAUGCUCUAUUUAGUCUAUCUUGUGGAGUGCUGGCACUGUCAUGUGAAGAAUGACCUGCAGCACAAAAUGGAUGUGGAGGGCAUCUAUGAGCGUAUCCAAAGGAUGCAGCAAGCUAAACCCUGCAUUUGGUGGAAGGCCAUCAGCUAUCACUAUGUUCGCCGUACGCGACAAGUCACACGCUACCGCAACGGAGAUGCUUACACUAGCACCCAGGUUUACCAUGAGCGUGUCAACACCCAUGUGGCAGAAGCUGAAUUUGACUACAGUCACUGUGGUGUGAAAGAUGUUUCCAAACAGCUGCUGGGCUUGGAGAAGUCUGCUCUUACAAAGAUGCGGUUCACCAAGUGCUUUAGUUUUGCUAACGUAGAGUCUGAGAAUUCCUACCUUACACAACGAGCAAGAUUUUUCACAGACAAUGAGGGCCUUGAUGACUACAUGGAAGCCAGGGAGGGCAUGCACUUGAAAAACAUUGACCUGAAGGAGUAUGUCAUGGUGCUAUGUGAUCCAGAGCACCACCCCUGGUAUCUGUCCCACUAUGUCUUCUGGUUUGCCUCGUUCCUUACUUUCUCCUGGCCUAUCCGAGUCUUCACAGAAUAUCAUACUGCUUAUGUCCACUAUCGUGUUGAGAAGCUCUUCGGGCAGGAUUACCUCCCUGUGACCCCAUGUGAUGAUCGGCCAUAUUGGCGUCGUAUCCCUCGUGUUAACACCAUUGACAGUACAGAACUUGAAUGGCACAUUCGUUCCAACCAGCAGCUGGUGCCCAGUUACUCUGAGGCUGGCCUGAUGGACCUGGCCCAGUGUCCAACCAGCUUCAGUGGGAUACGUCAGAAUUGUGAACGCUGCCACAGAGCCAUCAGCUGUUCCUCAGUGUUCUCCAGGAGUGCCCUCAGCAUCUGCACUGGUGCCAGCUCCCGCAUCCCCUUCAGUGGCAGUCGGUUCUCCUUGGCGCGCCGCUAUGGCUCCCAGCGCAGCUGCUUCUGGAGGAGCGGCAGCUUGGAUGACCAGGAAAGUCCCAGCGAAAACACCCGCUGUCUAUCAGAACGCCUCACCACAGACGAUGAGGGUCCCCCAGACUAUGAGGACGCACUUUGCUACCCAGUGCUCAUUGUCCACUGCAGUGAGAAUUGCCACAACCACAGGUCUUUCCACAGAAAUGGUUCCUGUGUGGAGACGUCCCUAUGACCAUGCGGUCCCUGACAAAACACGGUGGCUUUUGUGCAACAGAAACAGAGUGUGCAAAUGUGAGAUACUCAGAUUCAUGCUGUACUGUCAUACUAUCUGAAACAAAUGCCUGAAUCUUGAAUGUGUGAAUCACCAAAGCAAUAACAGUGAUCAGAGAGUGAAGAACAAAGUGACAAUGAACCUACUAAGAUACACCCACAAGGAAAACUUAUAUCUGCCUGGCUUACAAUGAAAACCAAGCGGACAACGACUGUUACACUGUAAUCAUUGCCAUGCUGUUAAGACCUCAUAUGUACCGUACAUAUGAGACUGAAACUGAAACUGCAGUUACCUCAUAACACCUUUUCAGAGGCCACGGACAAGAUGGGCAGGUAUAAACAUCUCAUUCAUUCAGUGAAAUCACAAAGAAAUAACAAAAAAUACAUCAGAGCUGACAAGCAAUUUGGAAAGUUGGCAUCAAGAAUGGUAAGGAGUUAAGCUAUUUCUGAUGACUGCAAUAUCUGUGAAAAUAUAAAUAGCAUGUUCUCAAGUGAAACAUGAUGAAUCAAGCUUAUGCAUUAUCACGAUGAUACCUUGGUCAAUAUGGUAACCUCCAAUACUAAGGAGACAAAUGGCCUCUCUGAUGCUCUGACUGCUCUGUUAGACACAUUUUUGACGUUUUGAACAUUUUCAUUACUUGUGUGAACUGUUGCAGUUUACUUUGUUCUUGUACCUACUUUUUUCUAUCGAUAUGCUUGAUCUAUUUCUACUUCAGUUAGUGGUUUUCUGCAUUUCCCAGAAUGCCUUCGACGACUGCAAAAAAACAAGUUUCAACUUAUGUCAGCUGUGGGUUUUGUGCAUAAAGUGACAUAAAGAGUGAAGACUGUUGGAAUUAAGAAAAAUUAACAAACCUGUUUUGUGGUUACAAUGCAUUCUGGGUAAUUGAGGCCAUUGAGGUAUGGAUAAUUUGGUACAAUUGAUGUGCUUCACCAACAGUGGAUUUCCCCAUGUUUGACUGCUGACUGUUGGUGCUAUAUGGCAGCUGCAGAGAUAGAGAGAGAGACACACACACACACACACCUUUUUUUAGGUUGUUGAUGAACUAACACAUAAACCUGAUGUUUACAGUUGAUGUUUUCGAAGUAUUUCAUCCCACAAACCUCGAUUGUAGAUGUUGGAAUUAUGACAUUGUGAGGACACACUGUCAGAGCUGUCAGAAACAACAAAACAGAAUUAGAAAAAAAACCCAUCAGAAAAUAUGUUGGAGGACUGAUACUCUUUUCGUACGGUGAAAUAUCAAUCAUCAUCAUUAAUUAAGUCCAUUUUGUCUUAAAUUAGACUUUUUUUUCUACCAAUUGUCACAACAAAACCUGCUGGCAACUGUGAUGCAAACACAUAUACAUUCUCACAUUAAUCUUGUGGUCAGACAAGAUAAGAACCGGUUUACAUUGAAUCUAGAACACAUUUGAACAGGUGAAUGUCACAUCAGUCAUUACCAUUAUCAUAGAUUUAGGUGCAAAGACAUUAUAAGGUCUUUAAAUCCAUGAUGAAAUUUGCAUGACUUCCUUCUGCUAAGACAAUGUGUCAAAACAAUAAAACAUACCUGAAUGUAAACCACCAGCAUAUAUGACAUACUGUAGUAUAUGUCCAUUAUGUGUCUAAAGUAAAGGAAUAAUGCUCCAUUUUUCAUUUGUAAAGUGGUGAUUUAAUGUCCAGUGUAUAUUGAAUUUGCUCAGAGAGUGAAAGAGCACAGUACACACCAACAUGUCACCAUGAACUGAGAUUUUGGAUGUCGACAUUUGAUUUAUCCGAAGGAUUCCUGACUCUUUUGAGUCGAGUUUUACAGGCAGUAUAUGCAAGGAUGUAAAUGCACUUACGUUUACACAUGAAAAUCAUACCAACUUUAUAAUACUGACUUUUUCAACAACAUCUAAUAGGAACUUAUUGUAUGCAUCCAAUGAAAUAAAAUCUUGUUCUUACAUUGUUUUCAAUAAUGUAGUGACACCAGUAUUAUGCACUUGAAGUGACACUAGACAUUUGAAUUGUAGUGAAGCUGAAUGUUGAUGUAAAUUCCCUUAAAGUAAUGAAGUACUCAAGCUUAUAUAUUGACAAACACGCAACUGCUCAGACAUAAAACAAUACAUGACCUCUUAAAGCUUCUUGUAAUAUAUUAAAUAUGUUCUUGUUGUCAUUAUAAUCAAAUGGGCUGUGUAAAAAACCUGAUUACUGUUUAAAAUGUGUAUUCAAAUUUAUCUUAUGCUGGAAAAAUAAAGUUGCAAUAAAUGUCUGGGGCAAACCCAUGUAAAAAACAUGUUGCUGUCUUGGACCAUCAGAAUCC